GAAUGGGCGUGUCGGAAAGAUGUGUCACUCAACCCCUGAAUUGUUUCUAUGUUGUUCCUGUUCAAGCAGUGCAGCGGGUGGACGUUUGAACGAUGUGUCCCCGCAGUACAAAUUACUUCACAGACUAUAACUGCAACACUUUUAGCUGAUGCCCUUGAUCUUCAAUGACAAUCAUCUACAAAUAUCUAUUUAUAAUAUAUAAAUAUCGGGAGACGGAAUUUGGACACAUUCCUGUGUCAUAGAGGACGUAUACGAUGGAUGAUCUAUGGGCUAUAACCCUGUGGGGGCUGAAGACUUGGUUGUACCUACUCCUGGCAUCAAUCAUGGUGCCCGCCAUGUUUGGCUUCUCUCUGGGCGUCUCAGAGACCUACAUGACCAUCCUGGUGAAGACACUGGAGUGGGCCACUUUGAAGAUGCGCAAAAACACAGAGGACCAUGCCCUCAAAGCUUCACCAUCUAGCAGUCUGAUCCAGAGGGGGAACGACUCUAUGGAGAAAGAGUUUGAGGAGCUCAGACGCAGUCGCCCAAAACAACCGCUAGGUGGCGACUUCACAUUUAGCGACUCUUUCUAUUUCACCCGUCAAGGCAUUGAAAGCAUUGUAGAAGAUGAGGUGACCCAGCGGUUCUCCUCGGAGGAGUUGGUGUCAUGGAACCUGUUGACCCGCACCAACAACGAUUUCCACUAUAUCAGCCUGAAACUGACUCUAGUGUACGGCUUGGGCGUCCUUAUCAGAUACUGCAUCCUCGCCCCGCUCAGAAUUACCCUGGCUACUAUCGGUCUCUCCUGGCUCGUCAUAGGAACAUCUGCGGUCGGGCUUCUACCAAACGGAAGGAUUAAGACCUGGCUGAGCGAGUGGGUUCAUUUGAUGUGCUACAGGAUCUGUGCCCGGGGUCUUUCUGCAGCUAUUCAGUAUCACAACAAAGAAAACCGACCCCAGAAGGGAGGGAUCUGUGUGGCCAAUCACACUUCUCCCAUUGAUAUUGUGAUCCUCUGUAAUGACGGAUGCUACGCCAUGGUGGGCCAGAUCCACGGGGGCCUGAUGGGAGUGCUCCAGAGAGCCAUGGUGCGAUCCUGUCCUCAUGUCUGGUUCGAAAGGGCUGAGAUGAAAGAUCGACACCUAGUGACCAAGAGGUUGACCGACCACGUUAACGACAAGACAAAACUUCCCAUACUGAUUUUCCCAGAGGGCACUUGCGUCAACAACACCUCUGUGAUGAUGUUCAAAAAGGGAAGCUUUGAGAUUGGAGGAACGAUAUACCCAGUCGCCAUUAAGUAUGACCUGAAGUUUGGAGACGCCUUCUGGAACAGUUCAAAGUACAACAUGGUCAGUUACCUGCUCAGGAUGAUGACCAGUUGGGCGCUGGUCUGUGAUGUCUGGUACCUGCCACCCAUGCAUCAACAGGAGAACGAAGACGCGGUCCGGUUUGCCAACAGAGUUAAAUCAGCCAUUGCUCACCAGGGUGGACUAUUAGACCUGCAAUGGGAUGGUGGCCUGAAGAGGGCAAAGGUCAAGGAAUCGUUCAAGGAGGAGCAGCAGAAGCAGUACAGCAGUAUGAUGGUUGGAGACGACAGCAGCAACAGUGACUAAAGGGGUCAAAGUGCAGUGGGUCGCUAACAGAAUUGUCCUCAGCAAGUGAUGGCUGAUGGCUGUUUGAUUGGACUGGACGUUGAAUACCACUGACUGAAUAUGUCCUCAAGAGUCGCAGGACCGGAAUGGAUUACUUUUGACUGUUCAAGGAACGAUUUUCGACAACAACAAGCAUGGGUAUCUUUUAAAUGGAGUAAUGAAGAACAUAAACAGACCGAACAAACUAAAUGGAUUCACCUUUGUGAUGCCAUUUUACCUUUGAUGCCCAACUGGGAAACAUUAUGAAACAAUCUUGUUAUUUUAGAAUGAAUUUAAGAUCUUUUCUAAUAUUUCUCCUAUGCGUCCCACCAUAUUUCUCUUUCACAAUCUAUUUAUCUCUCUAUUUAUCCCUUUAUCUCUCAUCUAGUGGCGGAAAGCCAAGAUACAUUUUCACUGCCAAACUGUUUCACAAGGUUAUAAGACAUUGUCAUUUACAAUGUAAGAAACAGCUUUUUACAUGCAGAAAUCUCUUCCCUUUACAUCAGAAAUGUUCUAGAUAUGAUUACAUGUCUGAGCCAUGGCUAUUCAGCCACAAGGGAAAAGAUCAGAUCUGAGCAAGAAAGGAAUGCAGCCUGAGCAUAUAUAGCCUAGAGAGGGAGGUGAAGCUGUUUUACACUUUUUUCUCGUUCGUAUCACUCAGAUUGUAGUAAAUAAUUUACUUCUAAAACAGUUAAAAAUGGCAGGGAGACAUUUUUUAUUAUUAUGGAAAACCUCACCAGUCAUUAAACAAUUACCAAUCUUCCAGUCCAAAGGUGAAAGGUCACAAAAAUGCAACAGGGAGGUGUUGGCAAAUGAAAUAAUACAUCAUGGUGUCAGGCAUUGCAGACGAACAAAGUCAGUAGAUGAUGGGUGGUCUUUAUAGCAGGGUGCAUGUUUUGGACUUCCUUAAACUCUUGUCACUUGGCGGUUUCUCUUCCGAUUCAUCGUCGCUGCAUUGAGACUUCUCUGUGAUCCCUUUUUUUUAAAUGUAAAAAAAACAUUCAGUACCUUCCUGAGUCAUUUAGCUUGAUCUAUUAAUUCAAUGUUUCUCACCAUCAUCCUCGGCAUUGUGUUGAGGACUGGCAUCCUAUGAUGAAAUCAGACAAUGUGGGGUUUAAUAAAUAACCGACACCAACUCUACAGUUGAUGGUGUUGGGCUGUUUCCAAAAUGUCA